AUGCUGGUUUAUCGUCUUCUCAUUAUCUUGGAUCAUGGAAUUACUAGCGACUUAACUCAAGGCUUAAAACAACGUAUUACAGAAGCCUUUGAAAAUAUCAUAGUUAAAAUUGAAUUCAAAAAUAUAGGACUUAUUGAACUGGCAGUUUCUUGUUGGAAUAAAAACCGUAAACAAUACGAUGCAAAUUCUCUCAUUACUAAGAUCAUUGAAGAUGCAACAAAUGACGAAACAGCAAAUCGACAAUCUAAUGUUACCGAUCUGGAAAUUGCAGGUGUCACCCCACCCGCUUUACCAUUAACAUUGCUUUUAACACCUGCGGAUUGUUACGAUGGUAAUUUAAAUUUCGUGUUUGGUCUGGCUAAAUAUAAAAUUGGUGCUAUUGUUUCGACCUUCAGAUUGGGAAAUAAUCAAGAAUUUGUUGCCAAAGAGUGCAUUCACGAGUUGGGUCAUGUUUUUGGAUUAAAACAUU